AUGUCGGGCCUGCGCUCUUUUCUGCACAGCACCUACAAGAGCGCCGCGGAGGCCGUGCUGCCUGCCCGAUCGCAGUCGGCAUUCAAGGAGAAGGGGGUGCUGACCCCCGAGGAGUUCGUGGCCGCGGGGGAUUACCUGGUCCACACAUGCCCCACUUGGAGCUGGGAGGCGGGCGACGCCAAGAAGGCCCGCCCCUUCCUGCCGCCCACCAAGCAGUUCCUCAUCACCCGCAACGUGCCCUGCCUGCGUCGCGCGGCGGCGGUGGAGGAGUAUGGCGAGAAGGAGGAGCAGGAGGUGGAGGCGGAUGAGGAGGGCGAGGGCUGGCUGACGGCGGACCAGAGCUCGGCGGGCCGCGCCGCGGCGGGCACCACCACCACCAACGCAGAGGGCUUUGAGGAGAUUCCCGACGUCGAGGAGGAGGCGGGAGGAGGGGAGGGCGGCGGCGUGGCGGAUGCGGCGGCGGCCAGCGCCAGCGAUGGGGGGGCGGCGGGGCCAGGGGGAGACGAGGAUGUGCCUGACAUUGAUGACCUGGAUUUGGAGGAUGAGGAGGAAGAGGACGAGGCGGCGCUGCGGCCGGCGCCCACAGCCGGCGGCGGCGGCGGCGAGGAGCACAUUGUGCGCACCCGCACCUACGAUCUGCUCAUCACGUACGACAAGUACUACCAGGUGCCUCGCUUCUGGCUGAUCGGAUACGACGAGGACCGGCAGCCGCUGACGCCAGGGCAGGUGCUGGAGGAUGUGUCUGAGGAGCACGCCCGCAAGACGGUCACAAUGGAGCCGCACCCUCACGGCGGCGUCACCGGCGGCGUGCAGGCCGCCUCCAUCCACCCCUGCCAGCACGCCAACGUGAUGCACAAGCUGGCGGAGCGGGUGGCGGGGGAGGAGGGGGAGUUCAGCGCGGAGCGCUACCUGGUGCUCUUCCUCAAGUUCAUCGCCUCUGUGGUGCCCACCAUCGAGUAUGACUACACCAUGGCUGCGGGAGGGGGUGCGUAGGCACUAGUAGGGGGCACACACACACACAUAUGUCGCACACACGCUCCACAGGAGGCAGCCCACCCCGCCAGCAGCAGUAGCAGCGAGGGGAGGAGGCGGAGGUGCCCACCCGGGCAGCCUAGCCCGCCGGCGGGAGCGGCAGAGAGGCGGCAGGGCUGGGGCGAGCGGCUCGGCGGCGGCGCGGCGGGAGCUGGUGCUGCCGCCAGAGCUCCCGUCCGUGUUGUACACUAUAUCUGUAGCAUAGUGCAUUUCUGUAUUUUGGCUGCCGACUCGCCACGGCAUUGUGAUAGUGCAGUUCAUCAACAAA